AUGGCAGGGCUGCCCAUUGUCAUUAUUUUAGUUAUGGUGGCUUUCCUAAACCUUAAAAGAGAAACCUCCUUCACCCAAAAGAAAGUCAGUUCAUCGACAAGGCAGUACAGUGACGAGUUUCUGAAGUAUGGCUUCGUCAAGUGUGAACAGGAAAAGGGAGAACCAAGGCCUCAGUGUGUGAUUUGCAGUGAAGUUCUCGCAAAUGAGAGUUUAAAGCCAUCAAAAUUAAAGAGACAUCUCGAAACCAAGCAUCCUAGUCUGGCUACAAAACCAGUUGACUAUUUCCAGAGAAGAAAGGAACAAAUGAAGAUGUCAGUGAAAGUUCUAAAUGCAGCAACCACUCUUAAUGACAAAGCACAAUUAGCAUCAUAUUUAGUUUCAUAUCGCAUUGCAAAAGAGAAAGUACCAUACACAUGUGGUGAGAAACUUAUUCUACCAUCUUGCGUGGAUAUAGUGAGCACGAUGCUCGAUGGAAAGUCGGCAGACAAGAUCAAAUGUGUCCCAAUCAGUGAUACAACAGUGUCACGGCGGAUAAGUGAUAUCGCAGAAAAUUUGGAACAGCUGGUGUCACACCUACAGACUGCUGGAGAAUUUGCUAUUCAGCUGGACGAAAGUACUGAUAUAUCUAACAGUGCAGUGCUCCUGGUAGUGCUGAAUGACUGCAUAGUUGGAAAAUACAAGCUGAAAUGGGCCAAUUGCAAAGGAAUUCAACCGAUGAAGCAGCAAUAUGACUGGGAAAAGAGCGGUGUUGUGACAACAAAAUAUCAGAAGCAGCCGGUAAUGAUUCGGUUGUUUGAACUCUUGUGCCUGGAGAUGGGAGCUGAUCAAUCACACCUUAUUUUCCAUACGGAAGUUCGAUGGCUCUCCCGCGGGAGAAUUCUAACAAGGCAUAUUGAACAACAUAAUAACACCAGUGAAGAAACCAUGAAGAAAUUGAAAUGUGAUAUACAGCUGCACCUCCAUUCUUUGUCAAGCAGUUUUGAACAGUAUUUUCCUGAAGAAAACCUUAAGAAUAUAAGAGACAACCAUUGGGUGAAGGACCCUUUUGCAUUUGAAAAACCAGAAGUUUGUUAUAGGCUAAACCUUACACCUGAUGAAGAAAUGAACUUCAUCUGA